GCUGAGUCCUAAAAUCUCUCCGUGUUUGAUAGAAUUUAGUGUCCUUAUGUGGCUAAGAAAUAGAGAGCAAUUGGGAGUCCGCAGGGUUUAUUUAGUCAGUUCAUUUAGCGGGCUUAUCCUAAAAACAGUCCAAAUUUAGAACACAGGGGGCACUACGCAGGGCGGAUACACAGCUAUCUUAAGCCUAGGUAGGGCGCUUAUAAAGGGAGCAAGCAUUCAUUUGGAUUUCAGCCAGCAUCUUCUUUGCUGCACUGAAAGGACGUUGGAGGAAAGACCUUGAUCUUUUUAUUUAUUUAUUUUUCGACUUGUUUAUCUUGAGGAGAAAAAUCCUGGGGUAUAUAUUUUUGUGGUGGACUCUAAUGAAAGGGAAAAAAACUUAUCCAGAAGCAAAGGAUUUUUAAUGUAAAUAUUUAGAUUUUUUUUUUUUUUUUUUGCCGACUGCUAUAGGAAGAGUUGAUCUCCAGUUCAAGUCCAGUUAUUCUUACAGUGAUAGUCCAGAAUGGCUGUAUGUAAAUCCUUUUCAAGCCUUUUAAAUGAGUGAUGAGGGAAAAAGGAGGAAGGCGUUUUAGCUGUUAAUGAGCAGCAGCUCGUGUUCACGCCACUAGGGUUAGAGAGAAGAUGCUGGAUGCUGGAUUAGACCCGGUGGGUUUUGUGUUGUUUCUCCACUCGGGGUCGUCACCCAUCCGUUUCAUGCAUUUACUCAGUCAUCGAGACACGGAGAGGACAGUACGAUAGGAAGUCCUCUGUGGACUCUCAAAGCUCCGCAUUUUAGAGGAAGAUGUGUGGCGCUGGACUCGCCACCAGGACGCUUUAUUACAAUGAUGGGACCGCGCACUCAGCCACAGCCAGAGGCGAGUAUGACUCCACCGCAGCACAUAUCCAACACUGGUGACAGGCUGACUGCUGAGACAGUUAAGAAGAAUAGUGUGGGUAACUCUGGACUGAUUCUGGACAGCUCGACACUGAAGAUGGCUGAUGUGGACUCAGAGGUUCCACCUCUUCCACCGCGCUACCGCUUCAGAGACCUGCUUUUGGGAGAUCAGUCAUUUCAGAAUGACGACAGGGUGCAGGUGGAGUUCUAUGUGAACGAGAACACAUUUAAAGAGCGAUUGAAGCUUUUCUUCAUCAAAAACCAAAGGUCAAGCCUCAGAAUACGCCUUUUCAACCUCUCUCUGAAGUUGUUAACAUGUCUCCUGUACAUCCUCCGGGUAUCAUUGGAUGUCCCCACCACGCAAGUCGCAUGUGCACGGAAGCACUGCUCCAAUGUCACUGAUGCUCUGUGCAGUAAUCAGACGACAGAUCCCAUCCAAAUCAACUGGGAAUUGAUAUUCUGGGUGAACAGAAAGACUCCUGUAUGGGCUAUACAGGUGUCCGUGGCCUUAAUUAGCUUUCUAGAAGCAAUGCUCUUGACAUAUCUCAGUUACAAGGGAAACAUUUUUGAGCAGAUUUUCCAAAUUUCCUUCAUCCUUGAGAUGAUCAAUACAGUUCCAUUUAUAAUUACAAUCUUUUGGCCCCCAUGGAGGAACAUAUUUGUCCCUGUGUUCCUUAACUGCUGGCUUGCCAAGUCGGCACUGGAAAACAUGAUCAAUGAUCUUCACCGUGCUAUCCAGCGUACACACUCUGCCAUGUUUAACCAGGUGCUCAUCCUCAUCUGCACGCUGCUUUGCCUGGUCUUUACCGGUGCCUGUGGAAUUCAACACCUUGAACGAGCUGGGAAGAAUCUUUCUCUGUUUGAUUCGCUCUAUUUCUGCAUUGUCACCUUCUCCACUGUGGGCUACGGAGACGUCACACCAAAAAUCUGGCCAUCUCAGCUACUGGUGGUCAUCAUGAUCUGUGUGGCGCUUGUAGUACUGCCAUUACAAUUUGAGGAGCUCGCAUAUCUGUGGAUGGAGAGGCAGAAAUCAGGUGGAAACUACAGCAGACAUCGAGCUCAGACCGAAAAACAUGUGGUGCUUUGUGUCAGUUCGCUCAAGAUUGAUCUCCUCAUGGACUUCCUCAAUGAGUUUUAUGCGCAUCCCAGACUGCAGGAUUAUUACGUGGUCAUUCUCUGCCCCACAGAGAUGGACAUCCAAGUGCGACGAGUCCUGCAGAUUCCUCUAUGGUCUCAGAGAGUCAUCUACCUGCAGGGCUCUGCACUUAAGGAUCAGGACCUAAUGAGAGCCAAGAUGGAUGAUGCAGAAGCUUGUUUUAUCCUCAGCAGCAGGAAUGAAGUGGACCGCACUGCAGCUGACCAUCAGACUAUUCUAAGAGCCUGGGCAGUAAAGGACUUCGCUCCAAACUGUCCUCUUUAUGUACAGAUCCUUAAACCUGAGAAUAAAUUCCAUGUGAAGUUUGCUGAUCACGUAGUGUGUGAAGAGGAGUUCAAGUACGCCAUGCUGGCUCUGAACUGUGUGUGCCCGGCCACGUCCACACUGGUCACACUCCUGGUCCACACUUCACGUGGACAGGAGGGACAGAUGUCUCCAGAACAAUGGCAGAGAACAUACGGACGCUGCUCGGGUAACGAAGUUUACCACAUCCGACUCAUGGACAGCAAAUUUUUUGGAGAGUACGACGGGAAAAGUUUUACUUAUGCCUCCUUCCACGCACACAAAAAAUAUGGUGUUUUAAUUGGCGUAAAGAGAGAAGAGAAUAAAAGCAUCCUGCUUAACCCCGGCCCCCGCCACAUCAUGGCCGCCACAGACACCUGCUACUACAUCAACAUCACCAAGGAAGAAAACUCUGCCUUCAUCUUUAAACAGGAAGAGAAGCACAGCAAGGGCCUGGCAGUCAGUGGCCUGUACGACGCCCCCUCUCGCCUCCCAGUGCAGAGCAUCAUAGCCAGCAUGGGCACAGUGGCCAUAGACCUGCAGAACACUGAGCCUGCAGGUGACAGCAGUAAACUUGCAAUACCCACAGAGAAUGGAGCGGGCAGCCGGAGGCCCAGCAUCGCCCCUGUACUAGAGCUGGCUGACUCUACUGCCAUCCUGCCCUGUGACCUCCUGAGUGACCCCUCUGAGGAUGAGACCAACCAAUCAGAUGAGGAAGGAAUGCCUGCCCCAGAAUAUGUAAAAGGAUAUCCUCCAAAUUCACCAUACAUCGGGAGUUCACCAACACUGUGCCACCUUCUACAAGAGAAAGCUCCAUUUUGCUGUCUUCGACUAGACAAGGGUUGUCGCCACAACAGCUUUGAAGAUGCCAAGGCCUACGGUUUCAAGAACAAGCUGAUCAUCGUCUCAGCUGAAACAGCUGGAAAUGGCUUGUACAAUUUCAUCGUUCCGCUGCGUGCUUAUUACAGACCCAGGAAGGAGCUCAACCCCAUAGUGCUUCUGCUAGACAAUCCGCCAGAUAAUCAUUUUCUGGAGGCCAUCUGCUGUUUCCCCAUGGUCUACUUUAUGGCCGGCACCAUAGACAAUUUGGACAAUCUUCUGCAGUGUGGGAUUAUUUAUGCUGAUAACCUGGUCGUGGUGGAUAAGGAAAGCACCAUGAGUGCAGAGGAGGACUACAUGGCCGAUGCAAAAACCAUUGUGAACGUUCAGACCAUGUUUCGGUUGUUUCCUAGUCUCAGUAUUAUCACUGAACUAACUCAUCCCUCUAAUAUGAGGUUCAUGCAGUUUCGUGCCAAAGACUGCUACUCCCUGGCUCUCUCUAAAUUAGAGAAGAUAGAGAGAGAUAAGGGAUCUAAUCUUGCAUUCAUGUUCCGCCUCCCGUUUGCUGCAGGCAGGGUGUUCAGUAUCAGCAUGCUGGAUACACUCCUCUACCAGUCUUUUGUUAAGGACUAUAUGAUACCUAUUGCUAGACUCCUGCUUGGGCUUGACACAACCCCAGGCUCUGGCUACCUCUGUAUGAUGAAGGUUACAGAGGAAGACCUAUGGAUCCGGACAUAUGGAAGGCUUUUUCAGAAGCUCUGUUCCUCCAGCGCGGAAAUCCCCAUCGGCUUAUACCGCACAGAAUCCCACAUGUUCUCAUCUUCAGAGUCUCAGGUGUCUGUAAACGUGGAUGAGUGCGAGGACCCACGGGACCGGCGCGAGUCCUGGAAAGAGAAAACGGCUCAUAGGAACUCGACAGGCAGUGACCAAUCAGAACAUCCACUGCUGAGGAAAAAGAGCAUGCAGUGGGCACGAAGGUUAAGCAGGAAAAGCACAAAGCCCCCGAGCCGUGCUGAACGCAUUAACCAACAACGCCUCAACCUCUAUAGACGUUCUGAGAGACAGGAGCUCUCCGAACUAGUGAAGAACCGCAUGAAGCACCUGGGCCUGCCCACUAUUGGCUACGAGGAUGUAGCUAAUUUAACUGCGAGUGAUGUGAUGAACCGAGUAAAUCUAGGAUAUUUGCAAGAUGAAAUGAACGAUCAUCAAAACACAUUGUCCUAUGUGCUGAUCAACCCUCCCCCAGACACUGUUCUGGAGCUCAAUGAUAUUGUGUAUAUCAUCCGGUCAGACCCAUUGGCCCAUGUACCCGACGAGUUGCCCGGGUGCCAGGCAGGUGCCAGGCUGAAGCAGGACUAUGGCACAGAGACACGAGGAGAAACUCAUCUUUGAGAAGCAGAGCUCAGCUUGGAGCAUGCAUGAGGAGUGCCUCCUGUCCCCGAUACACACCCAUGAAGCACGCUCUCCUCAAGGACCACAGGAAGAGGGGUGAGGGUGGGGGUGUAAUUACACGGUCGCUGACGAUUUCCCCUGCUUUUACCUUUUCCAUGACAGAAGUGGAAUCUGUGUGCACUUUGUAGUAAAAUGACAGAUUAUGGGGAGAAAUGUCAUGUUCUGGACCAAACACACUGUUCAAGCCCAUUCAUCCUCUGGACAGUGUAUGACAUACAGAGUGAGUGAGAGGAAGAGAAACAGAUCGCGACUGCCAUUUAAUUCAAUAAGAUUUUAAGAAAAGAUUAACAAUCAGUAAAUAUACUGAUACAUUUUUUUUUUGUAUAUACAUGUAGGUACAUGUUCUUUUAUCAUGCUUACUGGACCAUCAGUAUUUAUCAUACAUCAUAUUAUUGUUUUGUGAUCGAAGCACAAGUAUUUCCAAUUAGAACUUCUCAACCAGUGAAAUCAAACUAUCACGUGAACUAUUUGAUUCAUUCCUAAGUGCAUUGAUUAUAUCAAGUAUUAUCUUUUAGUAUGAUUUAUGUUUAUUGAUCCAAUCUUUUUAUCACCACUUUGAAAACCUGCAGCAAAAAAAUUGAACCAGUAAUUACUUUUAUAUCAAAUAUCACAAGCUUCAUGCUGUUUUUAUGGACACCCUGCUUCCACAGAAGGGCUGCUCAUGAAAAAUUAUUUGACUGAAAAUAUCAUCCUACUGAUACAAAUCAUUCAAUUUAACCAUUCGUAAUUGCACGCCACCUUUUUUUCAAUGCCACUUUGCCUGAAAUUUACCAACAAAGUGUUUUCCCUAUUUGUAUUAAUGCCAGAAGUCAAAAACUAAAAAGUUCUCUCAUUUUAAUCCAUAUAUUUAUUUGCUUCCAAUUUGCAUGUUACAUUUACUAUUCAGUGCCAUUCAAAAAAAAAAAAAAAUGAGUACAAUAUUAGAAUCUGCCAGAUAUUUUGCACUAAGCUCUGCUGGUCGGAAUGGAGUAGCGUAGUCUAGCAUGACCCUUUAACCCUAAACUACAAAGAAAUGAGGCAGCAAGGGAAAUUAAAGUAGUUUUCAUUUCUUGUUUUAACAUUAAAGACAUUCAUUCUAAAGCAUAUCUAAGCUCUCAUCUCUACAUGUUGCAUGCGAUUUUAAAAGCUACAUUGAAACAGUAGUAUAGAAUAGUUUCUGGGGUUUUUUGUUGUUGUUUUUUCGGGGCAAACUUUAUGUGAAAAUCCAGAACAGCAAACCUUGAACUUUUCCGUUGAGUUCACAAUUCAUUUUAUGAAAGGGUAUAUUUAUAAAAAAAAUAAAAUAUAUAUUGAAUAUUAGAUGCCUUGCAGCAGUAUAUUUCUGUUGGCCCUUCAUGGUUGUCUCCAGUGACUGCUGUAGUUUAUUUAUCGACCUUUACUUUAGUUCAUCCCAAUGAGCAAAUAGAAAUCUGUUGAGCCAUAUUUCCCAUACUUGUCCAUCUCAGGUGACUGAGGAGAAGCAGCUGAACUAGCAUAAGGAAGAUUCAUCUGAAGUAAACAGCAUAAAUAUCACCGCACCUCUCAAAAUGUGUCAGCCAUAUUGAGAGGAGAUUUUGUGCCAUAAUUCUUGGCCAGUCAUACUUCAACAGCCUGUUUCAAGGCAAUCCUUUGGAGGGAGGGGUUUGGCUUCAAGAUCCCUUGAAGAGCACAAGCUCAGUUUGUCCGCAUGUUUACACACACAAGCUCAAUGUCUACACGCAAAGCCAGACAUUAGAUAGUCAAUACUUCUCAUCUACUAGAUAACUAAAUGAUCAUGCUCAUGUCUACCUGUGAAGAGUGGAUUACCUAAAAGUCGACUCUCCACUCGAGGUUUAUUUCCUUUUCUCCUUCUAGGCAUUUAGAAAGGUUGUGCAGUAUGGUGCAUGUUAACAUAGUCUGCAAACUUCCUUUGUGAAACAUGUUCCAUUUCAUUACCAAACCACUGACCGCCUUCAACUCUUUUCAUUUUAAGACCCGUAGAGUCGCGUCAGCAUUUCACUAGACGUAGAAGACAAAUGGACAAAUGCAUGUCCUUUUAUUGCCAAACUUUACAAGAGGCCUAUGUUUACAUUUGCUGACUCCUGUUUUUUUUUGUGUAGACCAGUUACAUUGUAACGGAAAACUGAUCCAUUUUGUACAAUUUCUUAUAUGAAGUCUGUGUACUUCCAACAAGUACGAAUGAUUCAAUAAAUGCUGCAUGCAGCCAGAAAUAA